AUGACCACCACCAUGACAAGGACCUACUUUUGUGCUGCUAUAUUAUUCACCCUUCUAAUGCUCAUGGCUUAUAGUCCCGCUACAAUCUUUGCCAGGCACAUAACCACCUUUAGUUUGCGUGGGGAUGAGCAUCAAGUUGCUGUAGUGGGAAACACAAAAGAUGGAAGCAAUGUGGGGAAAGAGAGGUUGUUUAGGGGAGCGGACACUCUACAAGUGGCCGGUUCAAGGUUGCCGGAUUGCUCGCGAGCCUGUGGAUCUUGCUCUCCAUGCCGGUUGGUGAUGGUGAGCUUUGUUUGUUCAUCCCUUCAAGAGGCAGAGACAUGCCCUAUAGCUUAUAAGUGCAUGUGCCAUAACAAGUCCUACCCUGUCCCUUGA